ACAGCAGUGGUGAGUCGCCUUUUGCAGAGGAGAGGAACCUUUUGUCAGAACCAAAGUGGUACCAAAUAACAGCACUAACCAGAAAAACAGAACUCCUCCCCCACUUCUGCAUUUUGGACUUUCAGUCUCAGUGACACUGUUUAAAGCAGUCAGACCUUCAGAGUGGUCGGAGAGGCUUAGUUCUGCAGCAAAAAUGAGCAAUGCACCUAGUCCUGUGAAUGUCGAAAAAUGGAUUGCAGAGAACCAGAAUGCUUUUCUGCCACCAGUGUGCAACAAGCUCAUGCACUUUUCCCAGUUGAAUGUCAUGUUUGUUGGAGGUCCUAAUGUGAGGAAGGAUUAUCAUAUCGAGGAAGGGGAGGAGUUGUUCUAUCAGCUGAAGGGGGACAUGUGUCUGAAGGUGGUUGAAAAUGGCAAACACAAGGAUGUGCACAUCAAGGAGGGAGAGAUGUUUCUGCUGCCAGCUCGGAUCCCCCACUCCCCCCAGAGACAGGCCAACACUGUGGGACUGGUGGUGGAGAGGAGACGGCUGCUGACUGAGACCGACUGCCUGAGGUACUACGUGGACAACACUACGGCUAUCCUGUUUGAGAAAUGGUUUUACUGCCAGGAUCUCGGAACUGAAUUGGUGCCAAUAAUCAAAGAGUUCAUGGCAACAAAGCAGUUCAAAACAGGAAAACCAAAUCCGAAUGAAGUCUUUAGGGAACCUCCGUUUCAGAUGAACACCAUGAACGUGAUGUUGCCCUUCUCCUUCAAAGACUGGCUGGACAAACAGAGGCCAUCACUGGCCAACGGUGGGCCCAUCGACAUGUUCGGAGCUCAGUUUGAGACAGAGGCAAUGUUGUUUGGACCUGGGAAGGCAGAGGCAUCAGUACGACAAAGUGAUGUGUGGAUUUGGCAGAUGGAGGGUGCUUCAAAAGUAACUAUAAAUCAGCAGGAGUGCACUCUUUCUGCCGGAGACAGUUUACUCAUUCCUGAACAGACCCAGUACCGGUGGCAGAGAGAUGAAGGGACCGUCGCCCUGUUUGUGGUCCAAAACCCUGAGCGGAAAAGACCCUGAGCAUCACACACACACACACACACACACACACACACACACACACAUUUAAUAUACAGUUUCCGUGCAGGUGGGGAGAAGAACUCUAAUUAUAAAUUGUGUAAUAUCACAUACAGUAAGUAAAAUAAAUCAUGCACUCAUUUAAA